AUAUAGUAGUCUAUUAGAUUUUAAGUGAUUCAUUUAUGAUGACUUGAGUAUAUUUUAUCAGAAAGUCGAUGRAAAGGGUCCUCAAUUACUAAAAACCAUGUGGAAAGACAGGGAAAGGUUAUGGACUACGUGACCAAUGGCUAGUGGAGCAUUGAUAGGAGCUGCUUGUGGAGUAGGGGCUGGGAUACUGCUUGGAAUUUUAUUCUGUUUGAUAUUUGUGUACUUAAAGAACAGAAAUGAUCGUAAAGGAAGAUCCAGAAAGAGAAGUUUUCCACCACCUGGACCUAAUAUUAUUCACCCACAGUCGCCUCCGUCAUUUAAGAUCCCUCCAAUAGUCCCCGUAGCAAUACAGCCAACAGUACGAGGAAAUAAUACGCCUUAUCAAUUAUCGCCUCCCAUCAUCUCACCUACCUUAUCUGAUGGAUCCAGAACCUCUAAUAGUGGCGCAAGACGUCCUUCGGUUCAACUAGGAGAGAUUCUUACUAGUGUAAGCAUGAUCGAUAACCCGCCAGAUCGCAAAGUCAGCCCGGCAAGCGUAAGGGCAGCCAAUGAACCAGCAAUUGCUAACCUAUAUAAGCAGAAAAAGAAAAUUGGCAAGAAAAACCAAUUGAAGAAAGCAAACRCAAGUUCUGUUCUGGGUAAACUUGAAUUUUCGCUUUUCUAUGACCAAAGUAUACAGGAAUUGCAGAUCUACAUAAUGCGCGCUCUUCAGGUGUAUGUACCCGGGUCUGACGGACCGGUUAACCUUGCCGUUAAGGCUGUUGUCUUGUUUGAUGGUGAGCCAGUAUGGCAGGAUAAAACGGAGACCUCAGAAGCUUGUAGUGAGCCUGAUUUCAGUGAGCAACUUGUUGUCCAUGAUUUACCAACCAAGAAAAUGAGAAAAAGCUCGUUGAGGCUGGUUGUGUUGGAUGAUAAUACUGGUCAGGCUGCUGGAGAAGUGGUCUAUCCACUGUCAAACCUUCCUUUCAAUCAAUUCACCACUGAAACUAUGAAACUUGCUGAAGCUGAAGACGUGGACUUUGGAAAAGAGAAUCAGGAUCAAGGCAAUUACUUUGGCAAGCUGCUUAUUUCAAUGUGUCAUAACCGUAACGAGAAAAUGCUGACAGUCGGAGUGGAGUGCGCAGAGGGUUUGCCUGAAAUGUUUAGAGGCACUACAGAUUCUUUCGUCAAAGUUGUUGUGAUGCACUUUGGGAAGAAGCUUCAUUCAUCUUCAACAAAGGUUGUUAAUAAAACACGAAAUCCCGAAUACGACGAAAAGUUUGACUUCGUAAUACCCGACGACAAACUACCUCAAGUAACGAUCUACUUCAAAGUGAAACAUCGUGGGAAAGUGAUGCGAGAUGCAUCUAUAGGCGUGGUCAAACUAGGGUAUGACGCUGACCAUGAGACGGAAUACAGACACUUAGAACAAGUCCUGGAUAAACCGCAUCUUUGCAUUAAUAAUUGGCAUGUGAUCCGAAAGCAACGAUGAAUGAAUAAUAACAAAAUGUUAUCUCUCUUGAUUUUUUGAUUCAUUGCCUGUGAAGGACGUCAAGAUGUAUUUAUGUGUUUCUUUGUUCCAAAUAAUUGGAAUUAUAAUUAUUGAUAGAGUUGGAUGAGGCUUAAACGCUGGCGUUUUUGUUGCAAAUGAUGAAAUAGAGACAUCACUGAUGAACAUAGACGGUCUACACUGCUAGAGGUAUAUCCUCAAACACAUAAAAUCCUGAUAAAUCUGGUUGUCAUACAAUUAUCCCUAAAAUAUCCAAUGUGUAUUUUUCAAUUUCAAGACUCGUUCUUUUCACUUGUGAUAAGGAAAGCAUUACAGAAAAUAAAAUUUGUUUUAAGUAAUCAUU